UGAAAAAAGAAUACUGAAGAAUAGGAUCUCAAGAUGAGUAAAAAGCCCCCAAAUCGUCCUGGAAUCACUUUUGAGAUUGGUGCUCGUUUGGAGGCACUGGACUACUUACAAAAAUGAUCUAAAGGAAAGGAAAAUGAAAGAUUUAAAAAAAAGUGUGGAGAUGUCUCCAAGUAUCAGAAUUUGAUAGAACAGUAUAAAUUUGAAUUGGCAAAUGCUGUUUCCACAGAUUUGGAGUUUUUUGAACUGUAUGGAACAUUUGCAAAUGUAUCCAUCACGAAUUGAAAAAAUUGACUAUGAGGAGGGCAAGAUGUUGGUCCAUUUUGAGCGCUGGAGUCAUCGUUAUGAUGAGUGGAUUUACUGGGAUAGCAAUAGAUUGCGACCUCUGGAAAGACCGUCCUUGAGAAAGGAAGGGCUAAAGGAUGAGGACGAUUUCUUUGAUUUUAAAGCUGGAGAGGAAGUUCUGGCUCGUUGGACAGACUGUCGAUAUUAUCCUGCCAAGAUUGAAGCAAUUAACAAAGAAGGAACAUUUACAGUUCAGUUUUAUGAUGGAGUAAUUCGUUGUUUGAAAAGAAUGCACAUUAAAGCCAUGCCUGAAGAUGCUAAGGGACAGGUGAAAUCCCAGCAUCCACUAAGCUGGUGUUGUCCUAUCGACCCAGCUGGAUCGUGUAACCAGUCUAUGGGAAGUGAGGAUUGGAUAGCUUUAGUCAAAGCAGCUGCUGCAGCUGCAGCCAAGAAUAAAACAGGGAACAAACCUCGAACCAGCGCUAACAGCAAUAAAGAUAAAGAAAAAGAUGAGAGAAAAUGGUUUAAAGUACCUGCAAAGAAGGAAGAAACUCCAAGCUCUAUAGCCACAGCAGAAGUGGAGAAGAAGGAAGAUCUGCCCACUUCUAGUGAAACGUUUGUAGGACUUCAUGUAGAGAACGUUCCAAAGAUGGUCUUUCCACAGCCAGAGAGCACAUUAUCAAACAAGAGGAAAAAUAAUCAAGGCAACUCAUUUCAGGCAAAGAGAGCUCGACUUAACAAGAUUACUGGUUUAUUGGCUUCCAAAGCUGUUGGGGUGGAUGGUGCUGAAAAAAAGGAAGACUACAAUGAAACAGCUCCAAUGCUGGAGCAGGCGAUUUCACCUAAACCUCAAAGUCAGAAAAAAAAUGAAGCUGACAUUAGCAGUUCUGCCAACACUCAGAAACCUGCACUGUUAUCCUCAACAUUGUCUUCAGGGAAGGCUCGCAGCAAGAAAUGCAAACAUGAAUCUGGAGAUUCUUCUGGGUGUAUAAAACCCCCUAAAUCACCACUUUCCCCAGAAUUAAUACAAGUCGAGGAUUUGACGCUUGUAUCUCAGCUUUCUUCUUCAGUGAUAAAUAAAACUAGUCCUCCACAGCCUGUGAAUCCCCCUAGAACUUUCAAGCAUAGUGAGCGGAGAAGAAGAUCUCAGCGCUUAGCCACCUUGCCCAUGCCUGAUGAUCCUAUAGAAAAGGUUUCUUCUCCCUCUCCAACCACUGAUGGAAAAGUAUUCUCCAUCAGUUCUCAAAGUCCGCAAGAGACUACAAUACCAGAGGUGCCUGAUGGUGCACAUUUGUCACUUGAGAAGCUGGGACACUGUCUCCCUCUUGAUUUAAGUCGUGGUUUGGAAGUUACAGCACCGCUAGCCCCAGAGUCCUCUUACCAUAAUGAAUGUCUCAGGAUAGAAAAAGAAGAUACUCAGAUGCUUACAAAUCCUUCUUUCAAAGCAAUAACUGAUGGAAGAGGCACUUCAAUAGCACCAGGAGUAUCGAAAACAGAGAAAAAAGUGAAAUUGGAAGAAAAAAGCUCAACAGCAUUUGGUAAGAGAAAAGAAAAGGAUAAGGAGAAAAAAGAGAAGAGAGACAGAGAUCAUUACAAACCUAAACAGAAAAAGAAGAAAAAGAAGAAAAAGAAAUCUAAGCAGCAUGAUUAUUCAGACUAUGAAGACAGUUCCCUAGAAUUUUUGGAAAGGUGCUCUUCUCCACUAACUCGAUCGUCUGGGAGUUCUCUAGCUCUGCGAAGCAUGUUUACGGAGAAAAAUACAACUUAUCAGUACCCAAGGGCAAUUUUGUCAGUUGAUCUUAGUGGUGAAAACUUAUCAGAUGUGGAAUUCCUAGACGAUUCUUCAACAGAGAGUUUACUUCUGAGUGGGGAUGAGUACAAUCAGGACUUUGAUUCUACCAAUUUUGAGGAAUCCCAAGAUGAAGAUGAUGCUCUUAAUGAAAUUGUGCGAUGCAUUUGUGAAAUGGAUGAGGAGAAUGGCUUCAUGAUUCAGUGUGAAGAGUGCCUGUGCUGGCAGCACAGCGUGUGCAUGGGGCUGCUGGAGGAGAGCAUUCCCGAGCAGUACAUCUGCUACAUCUGCCGAGACCCUCCUGGCCAGAGAUGGAGUGCAAAGUAUCGUUAUGAUAAAGAAUGGCUGAAUAAUGGGAGAAUGUGCGGAUUAUCAUUUUUAAAAGAAAAUUAUUCUCAUCUCAAUGCCAAAAAGAUAGUUUCUACACAUCACUUGCUUGCUGAUGUCUAUGGUGUUACAGAAGUACUACAUGGGUUACAACUGAAGAUUGGAAUACUAAAGAAAAAAUAUCAUCCUGACCUUCGUUUCUGGGCUUGUUCUGGGAAACGAUUAGACCACGAUCAAGUAAUUGCUGGAAUAGAGAAAAAAAAAACAAUGCAAGACAUGGUUAACUUAGAAGGAAAGAAACAUCAUGUACAAAACCAUAAAGAGCCAUCUCAUUUGCCUCUAAAAAUGGAAGGAACUUACAUAACAAGUGAGCACAGCUACCAGAAGCCACAAAACUUUGGUCAAGACUGCAAAUCUCUUGCAGACCCAGGGAGUUCAGAUGAUGAUGUUAGUAGUUUUGAAGAAGAACAAGAAUUCCACAUAAGAGAUAAAAACCGUUUGCAGCACUCAGGAAAAGAAGAUGGAAUGUCCCGAAAGACCCCAGCUGAAAAGAAGACAGUGUUUGUCUAUAGUGAUAAGAAGAGCACCGAAGACCCAGGAGAUGCACAUCUUCAGUGGCAGCUCAAUCUCCUUACACACAUAGAGAAUGUGCAGAAUGAAGUUACCAGCAGGAUGGACCUCAUAGAAAAAGAAGUUGAUGUUCUGGAAAGCUGGCUUGAUUUCACAGGGGAGUUGGAACCACCUGAUCCUCUAGCAAGACUGCCCCAGCUUAAACGCCACAUCAAACAGCUCCUAAUUGACAUGGGCAAAGUUCAACAAAUAGCAACACUUUGCUCUGUAUGACAACAGUGAAAAUCAAAUGGAAGGGAGAGAGGCAUGGCUUUCUUCAAGUAAUUUUUGCUACCCACAUAAUAGUGGAUAGUUAAGUCAAAGCUUGGUCAUCUUUGGUUAUUAGCUGUGACAUCAGUAUUGGUGGCGCCCUCAAAAGGAAGAUGUAGAACUACUUCAUCAAGGAGGAAGUUCUUAUAAAAAAUUUAUAUGAGCAAACUACAAAUGAUAAUGUGUUAUGUGCUAAGGAUCAAUGAAGUAGAAUACAAGGGAAUCGAGUUAGCAGGAUUUUUGAGUAGUUGCUUACGUGAAACUUGGGAUACCUGUAGAGUGAAAUAUGGUAUUUAUAUAGUUUCUAGCUGAAAGAGCCUUGUUUAUAUACCAGUGUCUGGCCAGCAUAAUUGUAGAGGAAAAUUAAAUUUCUGGAGAGUUCUGUAAGGUUGUUGUAAGAACUGUCUUCUCUGCAGUUAAUCCAGCUGCACCAAAAUAUGGGAUAUUCAACUUAAAGGAUCAUGAGCUGUUUCAUAGAUGAUGAAUGUACUGAAUCAGAAAUCUGGCAGUAGAAACCUCACUUCUGGAGAAAACAGUUGUGGAUUCUUACUUUAUUAUGAAUUAUUUUUAAAAGACACCAAAUAAUUGGAUUUUAUUGCAAGCAUUAAGCUCACUAAAAACAAAAUGGCUUGCAGAAGGGUCACUGUGCCAAAUGAUGUUACUGCUGGAAAGAGGAUUUUCUAAAUUGUGGGAGUUCUCCCACCCCAAGUCUUACAUAAUGCCAUCAGUCUAUCACAAAUGUGUAUCUCAGACAUAAACACUAUAUAUGUUACAUAUAUAGUUGCAUUGCAGUAUUCAGGCUUCAACAUAUAGUUUGAUCCUGAGUAUGCUUUGGUGUUUGCCUUCAGGAAAAAAAUAAAUAAAACUGUAAAUAGCCUCAGCUGGGAUGAGGAGUGACAAAAAAAUCAAAAAUAAUAUGUGGUUGUGGAAUUUUUAACUGCUGUAGCGGAAUACUGGAAAAGCUUCAUUUCUGAAGAUAAAUUUUAUUUUUAAAAAAUACAUGCGCACUCAAAACGUGUAGCUUUGAUCACAAAUGGACAAACUCCUGAAACCAAAGGCAACCAAGUUGCUUUGUUCGCUCUUGCUGGAUUUUGAGCCUAGGUCCUCCUGCCUGCCAGUGCUCUUGUGAGUUAUGUGCGGUCCCCAGUGCUCCAUACGCAGUUAUGCGUAAGAGUGUAUGCUUGUUCGAAACAAACACUCAACGUGUAUAUGUACAUAAUCUACACAUAUUUAUAUCUACACAUAUCUAGUUUUAAUACUAUAGUCUAUAAGAAUUGGUGGUUAACAUGAAAUGUUACCUUUUAACAGACUGUUUUUAAAAUUUUUUAAAAAAUGUAUGUACAGGUUUUGAAACUUUUUUAAAAGGGGGAAAAAAGACUGUUGAGGAGGCUAUUUGGUGACAUAUAACACUUGAAUAUUUUAUGCCUCAUUCUGUUUAUCAGUUCUAGCAGUCUGUAUAAAUGAAUUUUAGAACUGAUACACAGUAAACUUGAAUUUAUCUUUGAUAAGAAUACAUGCCAUUGUACAUUCAGAUAUUAUUUAAAUUUGCAAACACACUGUUCUAUAUGUAAGGUACUGUAUGUAAAACUCUUUAUUAAAACUAUUCAUAUAUCCUGAAACUUCAGUUUGCCUUUUUGCGGCCUUAUAUUUUGAUGUAAAGGUAAUUAAAAGAUUGUACUAAACAGUCACUACAAUUUUUAUUGCCUUUUGAGAUUCUUCAACUUGACAAAUGUGCCAAAGAUGAACAGACAUUAUAUACAGUCCUGUAUAUUUACUAGUGAACUUUGUCAAAGGUCUUAUCAAGACAUGAAAAGCUUUAGUAGAGAUAAUAUGAAAUAAUUGCUUAUAUUUGCAUAUUAAAGGUAGACAAUAGUGCCUAUAUUUCAUGUGUGGAGUAAAUUUGCUGAUGUGUACAUUUCAGGAUUGGUACUGCAUUUUUUGUGUUUUAAAACAGUAGCUCUGGUACUUUUCUUCCUUGUCAAUUCAAAACACUUAAGUUGUAUCUUUUUGUCAGAUGUAAGCAAAAAUAGCAUCCUUAGCCUGUGAAUGGUUAUUGUUGCCUAAAUUCUUGUCACAUGCACAGAAAACCUUUUGUCCCCAGAAAUACUCAUCUUUUCAGUCCCUGGUGACCAUUUUAAAGUAGUGUACAUUUGUUACUAUUAUGCCAUUGAAGUAAAUAACUUUAUUAGAAGCCAGCAAACUGGAAUUUUGUUAAGAAUUAGAUUAUUGAACUCUUUGCUCUAGUUUUAUGUAUAUUAAUUGGAAGUCUUGAUUUUUAUUUAGUCUAAAAUCAGUUUUAUAUCAUGCUAUCCAUUUUAUUACAGAGUAUAGAAACAACCAGUUAAAGUGUUUUAGCAACUGAUGGGCUAAGCCUUCCCUUGUGUAAGACAGUGAGUUCAUUUUUGAGAAAAGGGAUCAUUGUGAGAUUUCAGAUCUUUCCACUUGGAUCUACUUUAAAAUUUUUUUUAAAUGCAUAUGCAGACCUAUAUAUACAUAUACACAUACACACACUAUACAUAGAUAUGCAUAUAUAUGCAGUAAAAUAGGGUGUUUCUUGAUCAAAAGAACCUUUCACUGCUACCCAGACGUAACAGAGGAUUGGUGGGGAUGGACCCUUCUUAGCAUUUUACUGAUAAACGUAAUUUGUACUUUUUCAUAUUUUUGUGUGGUCCUACUGACUUAAAAGUAAUUUUUUAUUUUCUUUAAAAUGUGGUUGUUCUCAUAAUUUUAAAUUCUGGCCAUCUUCCCUACACUCAUCUUACUUCCUUGGACUUAUUUUUCUCUCGGAUGUCCAUAUUCCACAUGUUCAAAAGGAAGCACCCCAUUUUCCUUCAAUAAACUGGAAUUGGUGGAGCUCCACUCUAUUAAGAACAUUAUCUGAACUGUCCCAGCUUGUAAUAUGUGUCCUACCUAUAUCCAUCUCAUCGGUAACUUGCUGCUUCUUCAGAGUGGAUGGAGUUAUCUUCCUCCUUCCCAAUUCUACUAUUUAUUGUAGUCCACUAUUUUGCAUUAAAAAGGUCAUGGAGAUUCAAGUACUGUUCUCAGAAAUUUAGCUUUGUUUUCAUUCUGACUCAUUAAAAUGUCAUUUCCGGGCUAGAGGAUUAAUGCGUCUUCAGUCCCUGUUCUACCCAGUAAUGUACAUACUACCUAUGAUAUCUUAUUGCAUUCUUUGAUAAAAUAGGUAAAACAGAGUCACGUUCAAGUGCUAGAUAAUAUUUAAGUGACAUAUUUAAGAUUCAAAGCCUGUAUUAAUUCAGGCUCAUUUUCUUUCCUUUGUUUUAAUGAUCCGUUGUUAAUUCAGCUUUCUUCUCUGAAACCACUAGUAGCUCCACUGUUUGAAAGCAAAUCAAAUCUGUGUGAUAUGAAUCUUUUGGGCUUCCCUGUAAAAAAAAUUUUAAGUUUAUUUAAAUACAAUGUUAGAUUGUAAUUGUGUCUUCACAAUUCACAUCUUGUGUCUUCAUGUCAUUUUUCUCUUCCGAGAACUCAUUUAUUUUGUCUCUACAGACAUGGAAAAUUAUUUGAACUUCAUUCUCUUCCUAUGCCUAGAGAUACAAUUCCUCAAUGAGGGAUUUUACACUAUCCUAUAUUGUACACAACUAUGGAGAAACUGUAUCAUUGAAUACUAAGUUGUGUGGUGGACCAGGCAUGCUUUGUAAUCCUCUGCUCAAAUUUUCACUCUGGUAAAUCACUAGUAAUAAUCUCUUACCUUUGGUUUCUUUAUCCAUAAAAUGGAAAUAAUACCUGGGUUAGGACUUGUUUUGAGAAUGAAAUGAAGUGCCUGGAAAGUGUUUAUAAUUGUAAGUUGAAAAUUAAAUGUCGUAGACAUGCUGAAUGUUAUCUGUGUGUGUCAGCCAUUAACUUAUGUGACUGGAUGUUGAAUUAAUGGUUAGAUAAUACUCUUGACAUUUUCCCAUGAGAUAGGUGAUUUCAGAGAAUUCAUGGAACCAAAGAGAUAAAAGAAAAUAAAGAUGAUUAAAUGUUAAGGGGCUUGGGGAAAACAUUGGGUAUUGCAAUUAAAAUAGUGGUCUUCAAAUAUUUUCUGUCAGCAACCUCUUCAUAGGAAUUCUUUAAAAAUAUAAUGCACUAUUAGUAUCUUUUGGUACUCCUGGUUUUUGUACUGGAGAUAAAAUUCAAAUGUACUUAAAUAGAGGUCAUCAAGGGGAGUUGAAGUAUAGAAGAGUAAGGGAUGGGUGGGAGAAGCCAAUACAAAUGUGCACACAAAUUGACACUGCUAUGUCGAUGAGAUUUUGAUUUUUCCAUUCAAAUUUGUUUAUCAUAAAUCUAAAUUUCAAAGGAUGUGAUUUCCAGUUUGUAAAUAUUUGCAUAUUAAAAUUUAUUUGUAAUCA